AUGGAGCAUCUUCCCCUACCUCACGGCGCCAGCCUCAACGCCGACGACCGUGCCCCAUACGUUGCAGAGCCUUAUGACCGAGGCCCUUUCCUAUCCUAUCCAAAGCGAAGCCGCUUCAAAGACCUCUACGCUCUGUUCACUGUCGAUGAUGAGCUGUCGCCCUACGUACUCCCCCAGUCUUGCGACCAUCUACUCCCCGACCUCGAGACCUUUGCGCAGACCUGGUGCUUCUUUGGCCUUCUCCAUGCCAUCUUUGGAGACGACGUAUCCGAGCACAUGUUCAUUGACUACCACCAGGGCUCAAGUGCCGUCUUGACCACAGCCAGCUUACCUGCCGUCAUCGACAACUGGCUGACAUCGGUCCGAGAAAGCUCAGUCGACCUGAAGGAGAGGUUUGAACACUACAUGACCUGCAUCACGACGAUCUACAUGUUUCUCUCUGGUAUUGAGCUCCGGAGGAUCGUAUCCCAGAAGAUUGUGCUCCAGACCAUUGCGGCCUUGGCUGAGACCAUGGAAGUCGUCAUCAAAUACGUCUCAAAAGGUGAAUGGGCGCGAGCCUCGUGGUUUUCUCUCCGAGCUCCUUAUGGUUAUCUGGAUGCGAUGGCCCGACAAGGCUGGUCGCAGCAGACAAUUGAAUUGCUUGAGAAGGGAGAGAUAUCGGGCCUCUCCACUUUCUUCUAUCUGGCCAAGGUACAACUACGCCACCAGGCGCCUAGGCUGGACUCCGUCCAAGGAAGUCACUCCGCACAUUCUCCAAUCGCUUCCGCUGUAUCCCUCAGACAUAUAUGCCCUUCACGGCGCUGUUCUGAUGUUUCUACGCCCGUGGAGGCCAUGCACCAGAUCUUGGAGCAUGGAAAUAUAGCGCUGCUCGACUUGUCGAGAUACGACCCGGAAACAAGCAAUUUCGUCUCCGUGCUUUCUUAUGAAGCUGGCUUGCAAUAUGUUGCCAUCUCUCACGUGUGGGCCGAAGGUACAGGGAACGAGCGCGAGAAUGCCAUACCGAGGUGCCAAUUGAAUUACGUCGCUCACAUCGCAAGACAGAUCCUACACGCACAGACAGAGCGCAACUUACCCUUACUCGUCUGGUUUGAUACACUUUGCUGCCCUGCAUCGAGCACAAGGCACAAAGAUAUGUGUCUCUCGCAAAUGCACGCCAUUUACCAGAAUGCCAGUCACGUUCUGAUCGUAUCAUCUACAUUAAGGCAUUGGAAUGCAGCAGAUGUGGAUCCUCUCGAAAUGUCUGCCAGAUUGAUGGCGUCUCCGUGGCAAACACGGCUCUGGACUUUGCAAGAAGGAGCUCUAGCUUGUAAACUGUGGAUUGGCCUCGCUGACCAACCGUUCGAUCUAGACGACAUCGAGCUCUCCCUCAAGCAGGCGUGCGAAAAUAGACUAUGCCAUCGCACGAUUGCACUUUCCUUCCUGUGGACGCUGUUAGGUCUACGCACACUCAUCAACACCGACCGAAAGAUUGGGCAGAUUACCCAGCUCGAGCAUCUUCGUAACGCUCUCAGGGCUCGCGAAGUCACCAACCCGUCGGACGAGCCGCUUUGCCUGGCUACGUGUCUCGGUUUACCACAGAAAAGCAUAGUGGAGACCCGUCACGAAGAGCGAAUGACGGAGUUCUGGAGGGUCCUAAAUCUGUCCGGGCACAAGAUCCCUCGGAGGAUUAUGUUCUUCAGUGGCCCUCGAUUACCAUAUCAAGGCUUUCGCUGGAGUCCGUCCUCACUUUUGCAAAAGCACAGCUUACGCUGGAGUGUCAAGGCCACAGCCGAUGCAGCUACCUUGAACCCAGAUGGCCUGAGAUUGUCUUGGCCUGGAUGCAGCAUGUCACUGACCAUGCCAUUGGCAGAAGAGAACAGAACGCAAAUGGACAGGAUCUUCAAAAGGGGUGAUUCCUACUCCAACAAUCAACAAAGAACAACGCAGCAGCAACACAGCCUGGGUAUGCUCGUUCGUCACCAUGAACAUGGAUGGUUCCAUCUGGAUGAGUUUACUAAGGUUGGUCGAGAUCAUGACACGCCAACAAUUUGUCAAGUCUUGCGAGAGGCCAAAAGCUCGGUCACUGUCAUUCUCACGCACGAAUUGCACAACGUCCCUAAGAGCCAGCAAUCUCGAGAAACCACCGGCUAUCUCGCUGGCGACAUGGAAAGCGAAGGGACAGAUACCAUCUUCCUCAGGCCGUUGGUCAGCGGUAUAGUGACGAAGCUGAACGCGACGGAUAGUACCAUGUACGAUGCAGGCUGGGAGGUAUUGGAAGAAAUGAGGCGCCAAGAAACACAGUUUCUGCCGCCCUCCUCUUCUUCUCCUUCUUCUUCUUCUGCCAAGCCCGGCUCUUAUCUUGCCCCGAGACCGGACGACGCAGGGUACCGCCAGCGAUUGCAACACACGUCCCGAAGGGUCAGUGAGGCAUUCACCGCCAGCGGCCGUGCUCUCAGUGAAUCGUCCGUCUGGGCCGGGGCUUUCAGAAUUCUUGCACAGGAAGGCUGCGUCGUCGAGCAGGAUUUUGGAUCUGAACAGAAAUGGUGCGUCCCCUAG